GUAAAACGAUACCAACCGCAUCAACAUUGGCUUCCUUUGGCUGAAAAAACGUGCGGUGCACGAUGUCGUCCGAUAAGGUGUCGCCCAUAUCGCCCUCGAAAAGUCGCAGGCAAUUGCGCGAACGUAAACAACGGAAACUCUAUUCGGAGGAGUGGACGCUCGGCGACGAUGACUACGAGGGAGCCCGAGGGUUCAGCGUGGCCGAGAAGCUGGAGUCACCCCGCUUCGCCCAGUCCGGUAUGGUGCGUGAGAUGAAGGGCGAAAAUUUGACCGUCGGGUUUCUGCAACAGAAUGGCUUCAACAUACCGCUGCUGUUUAAGGAGAAAACCGGUCUGGGGCUGCAGGUUCCGUCGGCAAACUUCUCGAUCGCCGACGUCCGCACUUGCGUCGGCUCGCGCCGCAUGCUGGACGUGAUGGAUGUCAACACGCAGAAGAACGUCGAGAUGACGAUGAAGGACUGGGAAAAGUACUACGAGGAUCCGGUCAAGAAGAAGCUGCUGAACGUAAUUUCGCUCGAGUUUUCGCACACCCGCCUGGAGAACUAUGUCCAGAGUCCGGCGAUCGUGCGCCAGAUCGACUGGGUGGAUGUGGUGUGGCCGAAGCAGCUGAAAGAGUCACAGGUCGAGUCGACCAACCUGCUCAAUGACAUGAUGUACCCGAAGGUGCAGAAGUAUUGUCUGAUGUCGGUGAAAAACUGCUACACAGACUUUCACGUCGAUUUCGGUGGCACCUCGGUCUGGUACCACAUUCUGCGCGGCAGCAAAGUGUUCUGGCUGAUUCCGCCGACCGAAAAGAACCUGCAGCUGUACGAGAAGUGGGUCCUGUCCGGCAAACAGUCGGACGUGUUCUUCGGUGACACGGUGGAAAAGUGUGCCCGCGUCUAUCUGACGGCCGGUAACACGUUCUUCAUACCGACCGGUUGGAUUCACGCCGUCUACACGCCGACGGAUUCGCUCGUGUUCGGUGGCAACUUUCUGCAUUCGUUCGGCAUCGUAAAGCAGCUGAAGAUUGCGCAGGUCGAGGACAAUACGAGGGUGCCGCAAAAGUUUCGCUAUCCGUUCUUCACCGAGAUGCUGUGGUACGUGUUGGCCAAGUACGUUUACACGCUGCUUGGCCACUCGCACUUAGUGGGAGAACCGGGCCGCGAGCACGAGCUCGUCGGGAAACCGCACACCAACCUGACGCACUACGAGCUGUUCGGGUUGAAGGACAUCGUGAUGUACUUGUACGAUCUUCCGGCUCAGCGCAAGAAUGUACCGGAGCUGAUACGCGAUCCGGUGGCGGUUAUUAAGGAUGUUCGGACGCUCGUCGAGCGGCACUGUCGGGAUUUGCCGGAAAUGGCGGUUACCGGGGUGCCGGUACUGCACCCGGAUUUGAACGUGAGCAAUAAUGCUUACAUACGGGAACACUACGAAUACUACUCCGGCGAUGGGGCCGGUGAAGGUGGAAAUCGAACCACCGACAACGAGGAGCAGGAACGGAGUGCAGCUGCGGAUGGCGAUGCCGAGGGAGAUAACCGGCGCGAGGAUAUGGUACGAAAUCGGGAAGAGAGUAGAGUGCCAGAGAACGACGAUCAGCAUGCAACACAGGACCACAACACUCUUCAGCAACAGCACACUGCAAACCAUUCCCAAAAUCGCCAUAACCACGUGCUGCAAAGGAAGGACUUCGUCGAAGGUGGUAACGCAGGGCCCGCUGCCGGCAGAGAGCAAGAAUCUGCUCACCGAUCGCCACCGAUCGGAAGCUCGAACGGCGGUACGACGAUGGGACCACCAUCCAGACAAAACCAUCAUCAUCAUCACCACCAUCAGCAGCAUCAGGCGUCGCAUUACAACAGUAAUGACGAUCGGAACUUUGUCUCGCCCCAACCCGCGGUGGGUAGCGGCAACCACCGCCUAACGUCCGGUAGUGCCAGUGUGAUGGGAAGCGGUGGUCGCGGCCCGUAUAAGAAGCACGGUCACACAGGUGGCGGACAUAACCAUAACGGUGGUACGGGUGCGAUAGGUGGUAGUGGUGAAAAGCGUGAAUCUGGUGGUGGUGGUGGAGGCAAUAAUGGACCGCGACGGCGACGGACACGAUGUAAGAACUGUGAAGCUUGUCAGCGGUCCGACUGCGGCGAGUGCAGCUUUUGUCUCGAUAUGGUCAAGUUUGGUGGACCAGGUCGGGCGAAGCAGACGUGCAUGAUGCGCCAGUGUCUGCAGCCGAUGCUACCAGUGACGGCCCAGUGUAUCCAUUGCCAGCUGGACGGGUGGCGUCAGGCACCGAUUACUGCUCCGGCCCAGGCAAAGCAGCAUGCCCAACUGCAGGAAGGACCGUCGGCGCUGAUGGAGUGUUCGGUGUGCUACGAGAUUUCACACCCGGACUGUGCGCAACGGGUUGCGCCCGAGGUGCACGGUAUCGUGAACGACGAUCUCCCCAACAGUUGGGAGUGCCCGACGUGCUGCAAAUCGGGCAAAAAUACCGACUACCGGCCACGUCACUUCCGAGCACGGCAAAAAUCUUCCGAAAUUCGUCGAAUAUCAGUGAGCAGUGACGCGUCGUCGGUACACAACGUGGAAAUGGGCCGGAUAGGUGGUGCUGGCGUUGUAGGUAACCACAGCAACAACCAUGGCAGUGGUGGAGAAGGCGAUCCGGGAACUGUGGGCAGUGGCAUGGCUAACGUUCCCGCUCCAAGGGGCCCGCGCUUCCAGAAUGAUAUGUUGUACGAUUUUGCCGUCUCUGGAAACGCGGUGAUCGUCGGUGGAAAUGGUGGUAACAUUUUGUUCGAACGCAAGCCAAAGAUUAAGGACGAAGACGUGUCGAGUGGCUCGGAGAACGAUGGUGGAGCGGGUGGAAAAAAGGCACAUCUUCAUACCAUGAAUUCUUCGACCACUACCUCGUCGGUGAUAAAGCUCGAAAUAAAAGACGAACCGAUGGAUCAUCAGGGCCAUUUGCAGCAGCCCCAGCAGCAUCUUGCGUACGGCAACCAUCACGCCACGAGCGUUAUCAAGGACGGACGGGAGCUCCAGAAUCAGUUCCAUGGUACGCUUAACAUCACCGGCGGCGGACCCCCUGUCAAACGCCGGAAGAGUGAAGAAAAUGGUGGACUACAUGGGAAUCACAAUAACCACAAUGCUACGGGUGCCGCAGGUUCUGGGGGGCCCAUUGGCGCUGAUGGUCACGAUGCGAAGAACAAUUAUACGCUUCCGAGGAAGAAGUCUUCACAGCGGAUGCAACUGGCCCAUCAAAUCCACAGCACGUCGACGAAACCGAUGAAGAAACCGUUGUACCCGAUUCGACCAGCAGCGGUCACGCACGCAUCCUCUACGUCCCAGCAGGGCAACUACGCGCUGGACGCAACUUGUAUGUUGGCUGUGUUUCGUUUCCUACCACCCGAAACGCUCGUCAUUUGCGCAAGUGUCUGUAAAACGUGGUCAAAUAUUGCCGUCGACCCGGCGCUCUGGAAGCGCAUGAGCUGCGCUGAAUACAAACUGACCCCGAACCUCCUCUCGGCCAUUGUGCGCCGGCAGCCGGAACACCUGAUCAUGGACUGGAUCGGACUGGGCAAGCGGCAGGUUACGUGGCUUAUUUCGCGCAUUCCCGGCCUCAAGAAUCUCUCGUUACAGGGCACGCACAUUCCAGCGGUGCUCGGUUUACACACGUGCAUGUGUCCACCGCUGCAGGUGCUCGAUCUAAGCUUCAUCGCAGGGUUAAACGAUUUCGCCAUUCGUGAGAUUCUGUCCCCACCAAAAGAUUCGCGGCCCGGGCUGGCCGAUUCCAAGUCCCGGCUGCGCAAUCUCAAGAUGCUGAAGGUGGCUGGUGCCGACAUUUCGGACGUAGCCCUGCGCUACAUCACGCAGGGGCUCCCCAAUCUAACCCACCUGGAUCUGAGCUCGUGCCAGCGCAUCACGGAUGCGGCCAUUGCACAGAUCGGCACUUCGUCGGCCGCCAUCAAAACACUCGUGGAGCUCGAUCUGAGCUGUUGCAAGCUAAUCACCGAGCUAUCGCUCGACCAUCUCGCAAAGUGUGAUGCACUCACCCGGCUUGAUCUCAGCCACGUGCCGCAAGUAUCCACGCAGGCCGUCAUUAAGUUUGCCUCGACCUCCAAGAACGACCUACAACUGCACGACAUUAAGCUGGUAGACAAACGAAAAGCGCCGCCGCAGCCACAGUCGACGCCAUCAACGUCAUCGUCACAACAGCAGCUACCGCCACAGUAA